CGGUCCUAGGAAAACCCAGUUGGGUCCGGGAGUGCGAGAGCCAGCCCGCGCUCGCGUCGACAGGCGGGGAGGGUGUGGCCACCUCUUGCCCCGCCCCUGCUCCGUGGCUGAUUCUUUCGACCGGCGCAUCGGGCGGGACGCCGAGACAUGGGCACUACGUGGGGCAGCCCCGGGUGGGUGCGGCUGGCGCUCUGCCUCGCGGGCUUAGUGCUCUCGCUCUACGCGCUGCACGUGAAGGCGGCGCGCGCCCGGGACCGGGACUACCGCGCCCUCUGCGACGUGGGCACCGCCAUCAGCUGUUCGCGCGUCUUCUCCUCCAGGUGGGGCCAGGGCUUCGGGCUGGUGGAAGCAGUGCUGGGUCCAGACAGUGUCUUCAAUCAGUCCAACAGCAUAUUCGGAUGCAUCUUCUACACACUGCAGCUGUUGUUAGGUUGCCUCCGGGGCCGCUGGGUGUCUGCCCUGCUGCUGCUGAGCUCCCUGGUGUCUCUCGCCGGCUCCGUCUACCUGGCCUGGAUCCUGUUCUUUGUGCUCCAUGAUUUCUGCUUUGUUUGCAUCACCACCUAUGCCAUCAACGUGGGCCUGAUGGUGCUCAGCGUCCGGGAGGUCCAGAGACCGCAGGGCAAGGUCAAGGGGCACUGAGCCCUCACUGACCUCUUUGCUCUGCUUUGGUGUGUCAGCUUUGCCAAAGGGGAGCACGCCUGGGUCCUAGAGGAGUGUACAGCCCACCUCCACCAUACUCCCCAUGCAGGACAAUGGACCAAAUGUGCCACACUCUUUCCUCCACCUGGUGCCUCUGGCUCUGUCCCCAAGGAUUGAUUUCCAAAGCUCCUGCCUUUGCCCCAGGAGGGAAGGUUCUGAGCAAUAAAAUUUCUUAAAUUGGUUAA